GCAGCGCAUGCGCCGGAACCACAGACACAAACAAGGAGGGGGUGGGGGAAGGAGGAAGGAGCUUAAGACACUCCGGGAGAGUAGCGCGCACCCUCCCAUUUUAGGCUUGCGCUGCAGCCGUUAAGGCGGGAACCGGCACGAUCUCUACUACAGCGCGAGCCUCACCAACCACCCUGCGCGCGGAGCUGCAGGCUUGCGCUGGCGGCCUGAGAGAGCUCGCGCCGAGCCCGGACACUGCGCCUGCGCCGCAGUGGAGACUCGUCUCUACCGGGUCCGCUCCCCACCGAUAACCCGGCAAUGCCGACUCCUCACCCCUUUGAGCCGCUUGACCAGGGUGCUCUUCUGCCCGCUCUUGGCCAGGCCUCGCUGCUCCAGUGCGGCCUUCAGGUCGGUCACCCGCAGCGCCUGAAGAGGCUUCCCGUCCAGAGUCACCUCCUCCAGCUCCGCCAUCUUGCGUGAGGUACUCGGGUCCGUCCCGACGGCUUCGGGCAUCUUCGACUCGGUUAUUUUCGUCUUGCCGAGGCUUUGACUCGAACCUAUUCGGAAUUCCUCGCCUCUAGUAUAACCAUAAUCGGUGAUAUUCGGCUAUCUCCGGACCUGGAGCCGAGGUGCUGGGGCGCUGGGGUGUUUGGGACUAGUCCGAGACCGGAAGUACGUGGGCUGUCGGCUGGCUCUGUUUAGGAUUUUCAGGAAAUAUGAAAGCUGCGGCGAUCGUUGGAGUAGAAAGGCUCUUGUGAGGCUCUCCGAGUGCUCUCUGAGAGGAAAAGGGAGGAUGCCACUGGAAUCAUCUUCCUCUUCAGUUCCACUAUCCUUCCCUUCUCUGUUACCCCCAGUACCAGACACUAGUCCCAGUUCUUCCCUUCCUCCAAUGUCUUACAUCACUUCCCAGGAGAUGAAGUGUAUUCUUCACUGGUUUGCCAGUUGGUCAGGUCCUCAGCGUGAACGUUUUCUCCAAGACUUGGUAGCUAAAGCAGUGCCAGGAAAAUUACAGCCACUGCUGGAUAGUCUGGAGCAGCUUAGUGUAUCUGGACCAAACCGACCACCUUGUAUCUUUGAGUGCCAGCUACGUCUUUGGGAUCAGUGGUUUCGAGGUUGGGCUGAGCAGGAGCGUAAUGAAUUUGUGAGACAGCUGGAGGUCAGUGACCCAGACUUCGUGGGAAAAUUUUACCAAGCAGUGGCUGCUACAGCUGGUAAAGACUGAUAGGCAUUCAAAUUCAAGAAUAAGGGCCAGGGAUUAAGCUCAGUGGUUUCGCUGCCUGCUGCGCAAGCUCAAGGACCUGAGUUCGAUCCCCGGUACCAAAAGAAAAGAAAACAAAUUCAAGAAUAAAACCACAGCUGAUGGAGCCAAGGCCAUGACUCUACAGUGCGAACUCAGUUCAUGUACGUCAAAUAUUUGGGUGUGUUAUCCCAGUGAGCUGCCUGAACUUGGUGGUAAACACAGACAUAUUUAUUUCAAAUUUAUCAGCAUGUCAGUUGGACUCAGUAUAAAUGUUGUCCAUCUAAGCAAAUCCAGAUCAUGUCAGUCUCCUAGUUUGGUUUCCUAGAGAUGUCAAAAUCUCAAGAAUUUAAUGACUUCUUUUGCAACUGUAACCAAAAAGAAACUAUAUGUUAUAACUCUCACCUACUGCUGGCCUAGGUAUAGAAGAACUCUCCUCCAGAAACAGGAAAAAGUAAUAAAAGGCAUUUAAAAAAAA